AUGUCGCUGAACGAAAUCCGGGGUCGAUUGGCUCUUAUCACGGGCGCUUCGGGAGGCAUUGGCGCUGCAUGCGCUCACCAGCUGGCUAGCCAUGGCGUCCAUCUCGCCCUCACCUACGCCACCAACUCCAACGCCGUCAACCAGCUCGUCGCAGAACUCAUCUCGCAAUACGACGAAAAUAACCUCCGCAUUACCACACAUCAGGUCGAUGUCGGUUCUCCCGAUCAGAUUGAGACCAUGUUCCAGCAGAUUGACAAACAGCACGGCCGCCGACCAGAUAUUUUGAUCUCGAACGCUGGCUAUGGAAAACGGAUACCAAAUAUAUGGGACAUCGGCCUCGAGGAGUUCGAUUACAUGCUCAACGUCAACCUGCGAGCUUCGUUUGUUCUGGUUAAAGGUGUGGUGGGUCAUAUGAAGUCGCAGAGAUGGGGGCGUAUUAUUUUCAUGUCUUCGAUCGCCGCGUCUGGAGGAGGGAUUAAUGGAUGUCACUACGCUGCGUCCAAAGGUGGUCUCACCGGCAUGAUGAAGAAUCUUUCAACCCGCCUCGCCGAGUAUAAUAUCAGCGUCAACGACGUCGCGCCUGCGAUGAUUGGCGACACUGGCAUGGUUCCCUCAGCCACUGCUAUCCCAGGGAUUGCAUCGAAUAUCCCGCUGGGUCGAUUGGGAACGCCUGAAGAGACAGCCAGCGUGGUUACGAUUGUACAGAAUGCUGGUAAGAGAGUCCCGGCUUUACACGCGCAGCUAAUUGACGAGACAGAAACGGAAAAGCAAGUGUUCAGGAACAAGCCUAUGUUAGGGUCGUACUGCGAGAAGACCAACAAACUAAACCUGGAUGCUGCAGAAACUCGCUGUACGAGUCUCCUAUCGCUGCUCCGCCACUUGAAUCCCGACGUUGAUAUCGAAAAUGCUCUGCAAACGAUCGCACCCGAGACUGAAUACCAGGCGUCCUCUAAGCCGCUGGAACCGAAACUUGACUCAGAAAGCCCUGGGUCUGCGCACGAGUUUGAAUAA